GGCUUUCAUCAGUUCAUUGCAAAGGGAGAGUCUGUUGCAUGAGGGAUUUAAAACUACAAAUCCCAAGAGGCAUUGUGCCCCAUGACGUCAUCGGGAGGCGCCAGGGGUUUGCCAAGCAACAGGAGGCUAUGGACAUGGAGGAAAAGCUCAACAGAGUUGCAGCAUGGUUGAAAAAGUCAUUUGGCGAUCAGCCAGUUCCCCCAUAUGAAGCAGAUGCACGGACAAUUGAUAUUUUGUACGAACUGGCAGAAUGCAAUGAGUCCAGAGAUGGGGACAUGGCCUUAUUAAUUGAAGACAUGAAGCAGAAAGCAGCUGAGUAUGAAUCAGAUGGUACUUAUCUACAGGAUCUUCUGACUGAGAGCCUGAAUCUUUCUUUCAGUAGCUUGUCAAAAGUGAGCACCAGCUAUCUGAAUAACUUGGUGGACAUAGCUCUUGCCCUUGAAACGAAGGACACAUCCCUUGCAAGCUUCAUUCCUGCCAUCAAUGGCCUGACUUCAGAUUUGUAUGCAGCAGAAUCAAAAAACAAAGACAUGGAGCUUGAACUGAGCAACCUGAGGAAAAAACUCACAUCAGCGCUGGUGCUGGAAAAACGUCUUCAGGAUGAUCUUAUGAAAACAGAAAAGCUUCUGGUAGUGGAAAAAGCAAAGGCUGAAAGCCGAACCCAGAACAUGAAGUUCCUGAAAGACAAAUCGGAGGAUAUGAAAUUCAGAAUUAAAGCAGCAGAGGAACAACUUUCUGCGAGUGGGCUAGAUGCUUCCCUGACUCAUGAGUCUCUAGUGAAUCUUUCCGAGAAACUGGCAGAAAUAAAGAAGGAAGCAGCGCCUUUGAAGAAGAAACUGGAGUCCUACCUGGACCUUACACCUAGCCCUUCUCUUGCUCGAGUGAAAAUCGAAGAAGCAAAGAGGGAGUUGGAAGCGCUUGAGGCUGAGUUUUCAGCAAAGGUGGACAUGACAGCGCUUUCAGUAACUUUGCCUAGCAAACGACAGUUCACCUGAGAACCCUGGUCCAGAAAGAAAAGAACACUUGCUGAAUUUUUUGGAUGUUGGUGUAUCUGCCUUAACUUCAGAUGCCAUUAUCUUGUCUCCUUCAACCCUGUUUUUCCUACAAAAGCCGUUUUUCAAGAAAAGGGCAGCCUUGUAUUUUGUAUAUAAUUCUCUUUGCUAUCUUCACGAGAAUGUUUUCUUACUCAGUCUUUUUCAAUUAACUUAUACAAUAAACAUUUGUAGUAAUCUGAUUUGACACCUCUCCUCAAGGUGGUGCUCUAAAUAGCUACAAGAGGAACAAUAUUUUGAUGCUCGAUUAACCUUAGGAGAAAAAAUGAGUCCUUAGAAACAAUAAUCCCAGUCUUUAUCUUGUCUGUUCCUGAUCUUUGCUUCUCAUAGGAGUUGUUAAUCAGAUCCACUAAUAAUAAUUUUAAAAAAGCAUGCUUGCAUUCUUGGUAGCUGCUAGAGACCAGGCAACCUCCUGCUAAAGCAGGGAAUGAGGAUCAUGCUGCCUUCCAGAUGUUGUUAGGUUGCAACUCUCAGCAGCCCUAGCUAGGAGUUGCAGUUCAGUAACAUCUGGGGAAUUGUACAAUUCUGUGUUUUUAUGUACCUCGAGUCUUAAUUCUUGGAAAAAGAUGAGAUAUAAAUGACUGAAAUUCUU